AUGCCUGCCGACCACAUCGAGUUUGGCGGCUCUCUCGGCACGCUCGCCCUCAUGAUCGGCUUCCCGCUCCUCAUGUGGUACAUGUGGAUCGGCGCGGUCUACUACGACGGCAACCUUCCCCUUCCCGCCGAGCAACAAUCCACCGGCGAAUUCGUCCAACACCUCGUUGACCUCGUCUACAAAGGAGCGUACCCGACCGCCAAGGCAUGGAAGACCUACUGGAUCUUCUUCCUCAUGGAAAUGGCCUUUUACUAUACCCUCCCCGGCGUGUCCGGCUACGGCAAGCAGCUCCGCCACGAGGGCAACAAGCAGCUCAAGUACUUUUGCAACGCCUACGCCAGCUUCUACGCCACCAUUGCCGUCGCGUCAGCGCUGCACGUCACCGGGGUGUAUCCCUUGUACACCAUCAUCGACGAGUUCGGUUCCAUCAUGUCGGUCGCGAUAUUCUCCGGCUUCAUCAACAGCGUCCUCGUCUACGUCGCCGCGUUCGCGCGCGGGAGGACGCACCGGCUGUCCGGGUACCCGAUCUACGACUUCUUCAUGGGCGCCGAGCUGAACCCACGUAUCGGCAUUCUGGACCUCAAGAUGUUCUACGAGGUCCGCAUCCCGUGGUUCAUCCUGUUCCUAAUCAGCUGCGCGGUCGGCGCGCGGCAGUACGAGGACUACGGAUACGUCUCGGGCGAGGUGCUGUUCCUGAUCCUGGCGCAUUUCCUGUAUGCCAAUGCUUGCGCGAAGGCGGAGCAGUUGAUCAUUACGUCCUGGGACAUGUACUAUGAGAAGCUUGGUUUCAUGCUCACGUUCUGGAACAUGGCCGGCGUGCCCUUUUCCUACUGCCACUGCGCGCUGUACCUCGCCAACCACCCCUCUACCACCAGCACCAGCUCGUCCUCGUCAACAUUCUGGUCUGCCCACCCGCUUGCCCUUGCCCUGUUCGUAGCCUUCUACCUAGUCGUGUACUGGAUCUGGGACAGCGCCAACGGGCAGAAGAACGCGUUCAGGCAGAUGGAGCGGGGGCAGUACGUCGAGCGCAAGACGUUCCCCCAGAUGCCGUGGCGGGUGAUCCACGACCCGCGAGUCAUCAGGACGGACAAGGGGGACACGAUCAUGGUGGAUGGGUGGUUCGGGAUCGUGCGCAAGCCGCAUUACCCGUGCGACAUGUGGUUCUCGAUCUCUUGGGGCUUGAUCACCGGGUUCAAGAGCCCCUUCCCCUGGUUCUACCCCGUCUUCUUCUGCAUCAUGAUCGCCCACCGCACGCGCAGAGACAUCAUCAAGUGCCGCAACAAGUACGGCAAGGCGUGGGAGCAAUACGAGAAGGAGGUUCCGUAUCUCUUCAUCCCGGUAUGUGUUCCCUCCACGACCCGAGCCUAG